ACGAGCCCAAAUCACGGAAGAGAUUCUGCAGUCCUACUAGUUUGGCAAGUCCGCAGGGCUCAAAGCAGCGCAGAUAAAAAAAGGCGGAGGAGAGCUGCGAAAGUCACUUUUGGCGCACAUUUCGCACAGUUAUCUUCUCCCGCAGACCGCAAACGACAGGGGAGACAUGGAGGGCGCCAUCCAGGCCGUGGUGAAAACCUUCCUGAAGUCAUCCAAAGGAAAAGAGAGUCUAGGAAAGAAAGAGUUUCAAAACCUCGUCUCAUCCCAGCUCGGCAACAUCCUUUCGGGUGCAGACAACAAAGAAGCAAUCAACAAUAUGAGCCAGGGACUAGACUCUGACUCUGACGGCAAGGUUGGCUUUGAGGAAUACAUGAAGCUGAUAGGCUACCUGGCCUGCUCGCUCAGUGAGCAGCGUGUCCUCAGCAAAGAGGAACCUGCAGAAAACAAUGCAUCCCAACCAGCGGUGCAAAGCUCCCCUGAUGGCACAGCAGAACAACCAAAAGAGAACGCAGGGCCAAAAGAGGAACCAAAACCAAAAGAAAACGACGAAACAAAGGCAGAUCCGACUGCUGAGGCAAAGGUAGCGGAUGCAAACGCAGAGGUAAAGGUAGAAGCAAAGGCGGAGGGGGAAACCAAGCCAGAGGCAACUACGGUGGAAGCAGCAGCAGCAGGGUCGGCAGAGGCGGAGGUAAAACCUACAGAGAAAGAGCCAGAAAAAGCUGAGGAAACACCAAAAGCAGAGGAGCCAACAGAGAAGUCGCCUGCUGCUGCAGAGGAGGAGGAGGAGGUCGAAGCGGAGAAGACAGAAGAGGCGUCUUCAUAGGGGACAAUCCACUCCUUCACCAAAAUCACACUACAGAAAUCAACCCUGCAGAGAAACAUAACAUUAAUUCCAAAAUAAUUUGGAAAGCCACCAUUUUGAUAUAUAUUAAAAUACAACAGUUUAAACACAACAGAAACACUAUUCUAUAUAUAUGAUUAUGUACAUGACAGUAGCUUUGUACUACUUUAACCACUAUGUUUAUAUGUACAGGAUGUGCAUCCCACUAUAUAGCACAUCUACCUCAUUAUGAUGGUGUACUAUGACAGCAUGCAGUUGUUCACUUUAAUGUGCAUGCAGUAUCUAUGUGAAAGCUUCCCUGGAAACUAUGAUUUUCCUGCACACUUGACUGAAAUAUCUUAACUCACCACUACAAUCAUAAGGCCUUCCAUCCACCCAUGCAUUCUCUAUCUGGAAAUUUUUCACUUUCUGUCACUUUUCCACUAACAGUAGAGCGAAACAGUUCUUUUGUAAUACUUUGCCAGCAAUCACAUUGCCAGGCAUGUCUAACAUAAAGGAAUAACGGGACGUUUUGGGAACUUGCUAGCUAAAAUGUACAUCAAAUGAACUUACCAAACGCUUGAUUCUGAUCAAAUUUAACAUUAAAAAUGAUAAUAAUGAUAAUAAAAUUAACAGGCACCGGUAAAUCUUAUUGAUUACAUUGUCAUCAAUGUUUUUAUUCCAUACAAACACAAUUUUAUGUUAGCUUCUGGAGCUAACAGUAAGGAGAGCUGUAUUUCCAUGCAGGCUUAGCUUCUUCGAUACCCUGAUAGCAUAUUAUUGUUGUUCAUUUUGAAAAUAUUUCUGUAUUUGGUGCACGUAAAUACGCUUUUUAAAUAUUCAGUAGCUUGACACUAAAUUGAAAGAUACAAAGAAGAUUUUAAAGUUGGCUUAUACAUUUAGCAGAAGUAGAAAGACAGAUACAAAAUAGCUACUUUCCACUUCUCUCAUGGGCUAAUGUCACGUUUCAUUUUACUUGGAAGGUAAAAAUUUUGAGUUUUGAUAAAAUCAGAUGUGUUUUCUGUUCUGGUGCUUUAAAUCCCAUCGUAAGAGUUGUACACAAAUUCCACUUUUUUUUUUUUUUUUUUACUUUGUUGCAGCAAAGUUGGUUAUCUCAGUUUUGACUUUAAAGGAAGUAGCACAUAUAGCUUAGCUUCAUUUUCCCCAGAAAUUGACUUUUUGUUUUGUUUAUGUCCAAUUUGUCCCUGUAACAUGUCCAAAUGUUCCUUUAUUGGAUGCACUUACAUCACUUUUUGUAUUUUUCUCUAAGCCGGUGAUGUGGCUUAAUUUAACAACACAAUAAACAAACUCAUUCGUUUAAGUUCUGCAUACUUAUCUUAAUUGUUUCCUCAUUGCCAUAUUUCUUUUUCUCACUUUUUCUUUGUCUGUUUCCUUCAGUGUGUUCCCUUAAGUCAGAUUCAGACAUUAACUGGGAACUGAAGCGUUGGGUGUGACCUUCGGUUAAAUAAUUAAGUCACUGAGAGGGAAUCUACACCGAAAGGACCAAUAAGGUCAAAAAGGGAGCCCAGAAUAGUCCUGUGGGAGUGGGCUGGGGAUCAGCAGGCCAGGUUAGAAAAGGUGCUUGUGCAACUUUAUCCCCCCGAUAUGAGUAGAAAGAAAAACGGCUGCAACAAACCACCAAGGAGCCUAAAAACGAAUUUUAUUGGAAAUAAGAUGAGCUGGUUAAUAGUGACCUGCUUCUUCAAAUACUUGGCAACGCUACAGUCUGACCUUUAUUUUCUAAACUGUGAUGGUUUGAACUGCAGCUGUUUGUUCUUAUGUUUUGUUGAUCCCACCCUUGUAUCUUUUGAACACCCUGUUCGGCCUGCAACUGGAUCCUGAGGGCAUUUGUCAUUGGGAAAUUACUGGAUUAGGGUUUUCAUGAGUAACACGCCCAAAGACCCAAACAAUUUCAUGAAAGUAAUCCUGGAUAUGGGGUUGCUCAUCAUGCCUGCCGGUGGUUGUGCCUCUUGAAAUCAAGGAACAACACUGAGUGUAUCGUAUUACCUUUUGCCUAAAAAGCCAUUUCACAACCAUUUCCACUGCCAUUCAAGUUUUUCUUUCUUCUGUACCUCUAACUUUAAAAUGUAUUAACUCAUCAUUUAACCACUGCAGCGAUUACGUGCCAAAGUACCAAAUUCUGUACCAAAUGUUGCAUUUCUGCAGCUUGUUGCUCCUCCACGCACUACUAAAACAUUACACUGUUCCCUGUCAGAGCAGGCAGCACUUCAUUGAAGUGAAAAUGAGAAAGAUAAAUAAGCACAGAUCAUGUGAUCACCUUGCCUCACUGAGGCACUCCCAUUGUAAAUACUCUCAUUUACACUAACGCGGUGCAACUUUUACGCUCACAGUCCACAUUGCUUCCUGCUGCCUUUAACAAACUUCCUGGACUUUUUUGGUGAUUUUAUUAUAACAUCUUUAUUGAAAUGAAUUCCUUUUUUUAAAUGCAUGUUGGUACUUUUUGGGACUGAUCUGUCUCCUGCACCACCUCCUAUGGGCCUGUGACAGUUUGGUUAAGGUACAUAAGAUGGUUUACCAAAUUGCACAACCACUGGACUCCAGCCUAAUGUGAGCACACUUAGCCUUAACAUCUUCUGGGAGAUGAUUUAUAAUCAACAUUCUUCAUUUGAACCCAUCGUCCUUUUAACUAUUUAUGAUGCUGUUUUAUUUUUGUGUCCCACAACAAAAGUCCACCCAGCUUUUAAAUGAUUACUAUACUGGAAGUGGAGCGCAGCACAGAGUGUUUGCAUUGCCACGUAAUAAAUCUCUCAUUCAUUCUCAGAUGCAGUCGACGAAGAUAAAAGUAAUUAAUCCCCAAACUGGAGCAGCAAGUGUGUAUAAAUAUACGAAUGUGUCUUUCUGGGUUCUGGAGUCAAAAUGUUUGGGGUAGUGGGAUGUUUCCCAGGAUGCCGUGCAGGCCUUACUUAUUUUCUAGGAGUGUGUAUGUGUGUGUGUGUGUUUUCGGCAGAAGGACUUGCAUCAGUCCACUGUCAUGCCCAGUGAGCUUUACUGUUCUCUUAUUUCAUAUGUAACGCUGUAUCGGUUUUUGUUUUUUUGCUUAUAAUCUCCAUACUGGCUAGAAUAGAAUAAAACUGAAUAAAACUGUGACCGUAACAUG